CGGAAAAAUGGUCUCACAAUUGUUUUCGCCGCGGACGUGUGCACAACACAACCUUGUCGAAUUUUUUUCUGAAUUCAGAAAUCUCCGUUGAUUAUAUCCCACUAAAAACUAUCCAUAUCGGCAGUGGGGAAACUCGGGGUCGCGACAACAACAGAAGCAAACAGAACUAAUGUCGGAGCUUUCCUAAAUCGCAACCCUUUCGAGUGUGCUUCGGUGUUCGCCGUCCAAAUCAAGAACAGUUGCAAUAAUAAGGCGACAGACGAGAGGAAGAGAUGUUUUUGUUGUUUUUUUUUCCCCGUUUUGAAUGACUUUUUUUUGUGCCAAAAAGAAAAACAAAUAGAGAUUCAAAAGUCCUGGAUUAUUUUGAAUUUCUGCAAAUCAAAUAACCAAUAGCAAUAACAGAAAAAAUAAGGGGAAGACGCAGCAGCAGAACGCUAACCUAACGGUAACAAACAGCAAAGUGAAAUCUCAAGCAAAAUACAAAAAAAAAACACUCGCAAGCAACGGCGCCUCUUGCUCCCCACUCAGACUGAAGAAGCAGCAGCAAGCAGCACAGCAUCAGAGGAGCUUAGCUCAUUUGCGUGUUGCAAAAAGUUGCUUCCUCCCAAAUAAAAACAAACAAAAGCAAAAAAAAACCAAAAACGCCUUUGAAAAAUUUGUGGUUUGCCUUGUCAGCAUAUUUGUUGCAGUAUAAAGUCGCUUGCAACAGCAAUAGCAUCAGCAGCAAAGCAGGCGAUAAACCAAAACAUAAUCAAAAGUCUUCAGCAGAGAAAGAGCGACUCUGCACGCUCAACACACACUCGUAAACACAUAUAGCGAGAGCAAUAAAAACGCACAAUGACCUUGCCAACCAAUACAAACGUCGCAGCGAACGGCGGCAGCGGCAGUGGCAGUGGCAGCGGCAGCGACGAUGACUCGGACAUGUUCGGCCCGCCACGCUGCUCCCCCCCGAUGGGCCAUCACCAUCAUCGAUCGCGCGUGCCGAUGAUCUCGCCGAAGCUACGUCAGCGCGAGGAGCGCAAGCGGAUCCUACAGCUCUGCGCCCACAAAAUGGAGCGCAUCAAGGACUCGGAGACGAAUCUGCGGCGCAGCGUCUGCAUCAACAACACCUACUGUCGCCUCAACGACGAACUGCGACGCGAGAAGCAGCUGCGUCACCUGCAGAAUCUUCCCAGAACUGACGGCCGAAGUCCGGAAUUGGCGCGUGAGAAUCUCUUCCAGCCAAACAUGGACGAUGCCAAGCCGAACAACAGCAACAGCAGCAGCAGCAGCAACAUCAACAGCAACGCCAAAUCCCAAUACGGGGACUGCUCUUCCACGGGCCGCACCAUGUGCUCCAUCGAAAACCAGCCGAUGCGCCAGCAGCCGGCCACGCCCGCCUCUGUCGCCGCCGCUGCCGCGCAAUCCGACACGGCGGCGGUCCGGAAGCGAAAUCUGUCCAGCAGCAAUCUGGUGAACGACCUGGAGAUACUCGACCGCGAGCUGAGCGCCAUCAAUGCGCCCAUGCUGCUCAUUGACCCGGAGAUCACCCAGGGGGCGGAGCAACUGGAGAAGGCCUCCCUGUCCGCUUCCCGCAAGCGAAUGAGGAGCAACAGCAUCAGCGAGGACGAAAGCGACCGGCUGGUGCGGGAAGCCCUAUCCCAGUUCUACAUACCGCCGCAGCGCCUCAUCUCCGCUAUCGAGGACUGCCCCCUGGACGUCGUCGGACUGGGCAUGGGCAUGGGCAUGGGUAUGGGCGUCGGCAUGGGUAUGGGCAUGGGCAUGGGCAUGGGCAUGGGAAUGGGCAUGGGCAUUGGAUCGGGCGCUGGCGCCUCCAUGGACAGUCCGAGCAGCAAGCGCAACAAGCUGUCCGUUGACCACCACCACCAUCACCAUCUGGAGCUGGUCGACUUCGACAUGAACCAGAACCAGAAGGACUUUGAAGUGAUAAUGGAUGCCCUGCGCCUGGGCACGCCCACGUCUCCCAGCGGCGCCAGUGACUCGUGCGGCCAGGCGGCCAUGAUGAGCGAGUCGGCGAGUGUGUUUCACAAUCUGGUGGUCACCUCGCUGGAGACAUGAAAGUAUCAGUAAUCGCUCUGGAAGAUGACGACAAGUACGCAGAGGAGCGGAGAGCGUAGAGCAGAGAGCGGAGGAGCAGGCAAAGGGUUACGUUAUGUAAGGCACACUUACUCAAGCGGUACACCCGUGAGGGUGUAUACGUACACACACACACACACACACACACACACACUCUAGGUUACUACUAUCAACUAGUGAGAGCGAGCGAGAUGCCAUUAUGACUCAUUGCGAGCAAAUGGUGGCGCCACAGAGAGAGAGAGCGAGCCAGCCACGAGCAGGCGGCAUCUCGCGGAUUGUACAAAGAAACAUCAAAAAUUGUAUAAGAUUAAUCAAAGAAAAAGCGUUA